ACAGUAGGGUUCACAACGACAACAGCGGGGACGGAAGUAGUGUCUGUUUAGCUUCUCACCUAGCCUUAACAUUAGCUUCUUAAUAUUCUUAUUAACUGCCUCUAUAGCUUUCACGUUUACGAGAAGCGUUCACGGUAAUAUCACGAAAACAAACUCUACAAUACCCCUGCGUCAACUGUCUGCGGCUCUGUGUAAAGUUAGCUUUUGUCUAGGAGCGUAUUAGUUACAGUGUACCGCCGCAUUACUGAAUGUGUGCCUGUGAAUGAAUGAACAGUAUUCGCGUUUGACGGGUUGUGAGAGCGUUAAUUAACAACACAGUUAGUCAUGGCUACUGGUGCGGAUGUCAGGGAUAUUCUGGAGUUGACCGGGGGAGAAAAUGACGGUCCCAUCAGCAAGAAAGAUCUCAUCAACUCGGACAAGAAAAAAUCGAAGAAGACAACAGAAACGCUGACCUUCAAGAGACCAGAGGGAAUGCACCGAGAGGUCUACGCUCUCCUCUAUUCAGAUAAAAAAGAUGCACCCCCUUUGCUGCCCAGUGACACUACUCAGGGCUACAGGACAGUCAAAGCCAAGCUGGGCUGUAAAAAGGUGCGUCCCUGGAAGUGGAUGCCCUUCACCAAUCCUGCUCGCAGGGAUGGGGCUAUAUUUCACCACUGGAGACGUGUGGCAGAGGAAGGCAAGGACUACCCUUUUGCCCGCUUCAACAAGACAGUGCAGGUACCAGUGUACUCAGAGCAGGAGUAUCAGGUGCAUCUGCAUGAUGAUGGCUGGACUAAAGCAGAGACAGACCACCUGUUUGACCUGUGCAAGCGCUUCGACCUGCGCUUCAUAGUUGUCCACGACCGCUACGACUACCAGCAAUACAGAAAACGAUCUGUGGAGGACCUAAAAGAACGGUAUUAUAGUAUUUGUGGUAAGCUGACCAAGGUUCGUGCAGCUUCAGGGACAGAGCCCAAGAUCUACAUAUUUGAUGCCGGCCAUGAAAGGCGUCGUAAAGAGCAACUAGAGAAGCUGUUCAAUCGCACGCCUGAACAGGUGGCAGAAGAGGAAUAUCUUAUUCAAGAGCUCAGGAAGAUUGAGACAAGGAAGAAGGAGCGUGAGAAGAAGGCCCAGGAUCUGCAGAAACUCAUUAAAGCAGCUGACACAACCACAGAGUUAAGACGAGCCGAAAAGAGGGUUUCCAAGAAGAAGCUCCCACAAAAAAGAGAAACAGAGAAACCGGCUGUUCCAGAGACAGCAGGCAUCAAGUUCCCUGACUUCAAAUCAGCAGGAGUCACGCUGCGCAGUCAGAGGAUGAAACUGCCAAGCUCAGUAGGCCAGAAGAAGAACAAGGCCAUCGAGCAGAUCCUGAUGGAGCAAGGAGUGGAUCUUAACCCCAUGCCCACAGAGGAGAUUGUUCAGAUGUUCAAUGAGCUGCGUAGCGACCUGGUGUUGCUGUAUGAGCUGAAGCAGGCCCACAGCAAUUGUGAAUACGAACAACAGAUGCUGCGUCAUCGCUAUGAGGCCCUGCUGAAGGCUGGUAGCGGAGGUGGGUGUGGUGGAAUUACAGGUGCUGGACUAGCCGCCGUAACACAGGGGGGAGAGCUCAAUUCCACCAACAGCACUUCAGCAUCCACCCCAGGGGGUGAAGCUCAGUCCUGGCCCAGUACAGAUGACAUCAAGGUGGAGGCCAAGGAGCAGAUCAUUGAUGUUGUUGGAGCACCACUUACCCCCAACUCACGCAAACGGAGAGAGUCUGCAUCCAGCUCGUCUUCAGUGAAAAAGGUGAAGAAACCAUGAUGAGGACGAGCUGCUACACGGUGGAGGACAACGGGGGCCGUGUUACUUACUCUGGUCACAGUGGAGAUGCCCGCAAGUUUUAUGGUCGGACAAGAAAGAUACAGAGCAGAGCAGGACACCAUAUUGCUGUCCAUUUACCUAGAAGCACCACUGACCACACACACACAUACACACAACUUUUCACCUACCAACGAGACCUCUUCAAGCCCUCCCCAUCUGGCCUGCCCAGCAUCUUUGUGACAAAGGCAACAACUGAGUGACAUUUCAUUCCAUUACUGCUCGACUCCCUGCCUCCACCAUUGCUCAGCCUUAGAUGAGGCAAGAUCAACUGUAAAUUGCCAGGCUGAGCUAAUCGGGACACGGGGAAGAAGGUGGGAAUGACUGGGUAAUUGAAAUGAAUUGGAAUGAAAGAAGAGACUCUGGGAGUCGGAGGACCUCGAGCCGCAAUGCUAAUUUGACACCAUCUGAGUUUUGUUUUUUUGUAGCCUAAUCAUGCCAUAGCGUUUACUGGAAAUGUGUUUUUGUGUUAGCCUUUAGUACCCACUGUAGCUCCCUCUCAACCCAGAGCGCGUCUCGCUCUCUCAUAGAUCGUGGUUCCAUCUGCUGCCCAUGGUUUAUGUUGGACUAGUGCAGCUGAUUUGUGUUGUUUGUCUUCAGGUGACCUUGAAAAUGAUUUAGUCAAUGAUUCAAUAAACCCCAUUGUUUUUUUUGUUC